AUGGCUGGAGCUGGAGCUGGAGCUGGAUGCUGGAUUUCACCCAGAAAUGUCAACAGAAAUGUUCGUGUUCGUUCAUUUGAGGCCAAAACCAGAUAUUAUGCAAAGAAAAAUGAACUUCCAUUAAUGAAGACAGGCAAAAAGAGUUCAAAAACACAGCAGAGUUUGAUAAAAAUAUCAGCAUCAGAAGGGAGAUGGGAUGGUGAAUGGAAUUCUCACUAUAAUCUAUCUUGGCAACAGCUUCAGCUACAAGAUUUAUUACUAAUGGAGGAGUGCAAUCAUAAUUCCCACAAAAACACUCCUGUUUCCAUCACUCUUUGCAUUCAAAAGCACACUGGAUUUGGGCUCUCAGUUGAAGGAAGGAUCAUGACAUGCUUCACCACAAAAUGUUGCAACUGUUGCACUCCCUUUCUCCGACAGAUAGACUCGACAUUUAAAGCUUGGGUUCUUCCAUCAAGAUCAAGCAGACAGAAAGACUCGACUGAUCAACAACUUCCUGAGAUUGGCAUCGAUGAUCCUUCAGUUAUUUAUGUGAAACCUGGAUGUGAAGCUGAUCUUGAUUCGCUAGUACAGGACACCAUCAGGCUGGCUAUCUCAGUCAAAGAAACUUGCUCGGAUUCGUGUGACAAAUCCGAACCUAAAUUGCUACAUUUGGGUGCACGGAAUGCCGGCUCGAUGGAUAGGAGAUGGUACAGACUAUUAGAACUCAAGAAUGCAAAAACAUGA